AUGGUGAAGGUCAGAUUGAACGGAUUUGCCUGUAUUGGGUGCCUGGUCACCAGGGCCGCUUUUAACUGUGGCAAAGUGGAUAUUGUCGCCAUCAAUGACUACUUCAUUGACCUCAACUAUAUGGUCUACAUAUUGCAGUAUGAUUCCACCCCUGGCAAAUUCCACGGCACAGUCAGGGCUGAGAACUGGAAACUUGUCAUCAAUGGAAAGUCCAUCCCCAUCUUCCAGGAGCGAGAUCCCGCCAACAUCAAAUGGGGUGAUGCUAGUGCUGAAUAUGUUGUGGAGUCCACUGGCAUCUUCAUCACCAUGGAGAAGGCUGGGGCUCACUUGAAGGGUGGGGCCAAGAGGGUCAUCAUCUCUGCUCCUUCUGCCAAUGCCCCCAUGUUUGUGAUGGGUAUGAACCAUGAGAAGUAUGACAACUCCCUCAAGAUUGUCAGCAAUGCCUCCUGUACCACCAACUGCUUGGCUCCUCUGGCCAAGGUCAUCCAUGACAACUUCGGCAUGGUGGAGGGACUCCUGACCACCAUCCAUGCCAUCACAGCCACCCAGAAGACUGUGGACGGCCCCUCUGGGAAGCUGUGGCAGGAUGGCCGAGGGGCUGCCCAGAACAUCAUCCCUGCUUCCACUGGCGCUGCCAAGGCUGUGGGCAAGGUCAUCCCUGAGCUGAACGGGAAGCUUACUGUCAUGGCCUUCUGUGUCCCCACCCCCAACGUGUCCGUUGUGGAUCUGACCUGCCGCCUGGAGAAAGUUGCUAAAUAUGACGACAUCAAGAAGGUGGUGAAGCAGGCAUCAGAGGGCCCCCUCAAGGGCAUCCUGGGGUACACUGAGGACCAGGUUGUCUCCUGCAACUUUAACAGUGACACCCGCUCCUCCACCUUUGAUGCCGGCGUUGGCAUUGCUCUCAACGACCACUUUGUCAAGCUCUUUUCCUGGUAUGAAAAUGAAUUUGGCUACAGCAACCAGGUGGUGGACCUUAUGGUACACAUGGCCUCCAAGGAGUAA